AUGCUACGACGACGAUACCAUCCUGACUGGACUCCUUCAUGGCGUGGAACUGGAAAGCACCCUCUCUACUUUGAGGAUGCCAUUGCACUUCCGCCUAGAGAUGAUGUUAUUGAUGCAACUCGAAUUGCAGACGGAAAGCUUGUCUACAUCAAAAGAGUCGGAACCGGCGACAAGGAGACACAGAUUGCCACGAUGCUAUCUGCUGAGCCUCUUGUUCAAGACCCUAAGAAUCACUGCGUGCCCAUCCUCGAAAUGUUUCCAGACGCAGAGGACGAAGACAUAUCGUACAUGGUCAUGCCCUUCUUUGUUCUCAUAGACAGUGUCCCCUUUGAAUGCAUUGAGAAUAUUGUAGAUUUCACGGACCAGAUACUCGAGGGACUCGUUUUUCUUCAUGAACGUGGAGUGGCCCACCGUGAUUGCACCUACAAGAAUAUCAUGAUGGAUGUCAGUGCGAUGUAUCCUGAAGGCUUCCAUCCUGUAAACGAUCUGUUCCUCCCGGAUGGCCUGACGCCUCUCCCAUCUCGUUCCCGUACUGAUGUUCCCAUCAAAUACUAUUUCAUCGAUUUUGGAAUAUCCGUCGUCAUACCUCCUGAAGUCUAUCCCAAGCUGGUUUUAGGAGACGAAGGACGCGACCAGGAGGUUCCCGAACUCUCUCUCACCGUUCCAUAUGAUCCAUUUAAGACCGACGUUUUCAUUAUUGGCAACGCACUACAGCAUUGCUUUCAUGAUAGAUUCUCCAACGUCGAUUUUCUUGUUCCUCUGAUCGAGUCAAUGACUCAGGCAGAUCCUACUGCUAGGCCAGAUGCCGCUGAUGCUCUCACGCAGUGGCAAGAAAUUCGUUGCAGAUUAGGAUUUUUACAGAGAAGAUGGAGAGUGAUUUUCCGAGGCGAGCCAUGGUAUUGGACAGCUGCUUUGGACACAGUGUCAUUCAUCAACACCACUACCUACAUUUUCAAGACAGCUUGCAGAUGGGUAGUGGGGUCAUCUGGAUGA